AUGGCGAGCUGCUCUGUUGCACGCCAUGUUCGAAAAGGCGCGCAUUCGUGCGUCGAGUGCCGGAAACGUAAGCUUCGCUGUUCACGGUCAUCAGAAACUGCACAAUCAUGUCGUAGAUGCGAAGAGCGGUUUCUCGAGUGCAUUCCCCAGAUUUUGUCAGCCCCCUCGACAUCCAAGCCGUCGAGAAAGACACGAGAUCGGAUCUCAUGGUUGGAAGACAAGGUUCACAAUCUCACUGAAGCUGUACAAGCUUUGCAACAACCAACUGCGGGCACAAUUUCUGAUCUUUCCUUGGAGUAUUCUGCCUCCGACUCCGAGGCUGGAGAAACGGACACAUGCUCAGAUAUUGCCAUACCUACGCAGCCAUCAUAUCUCAAUGCUCUAUUCAACAAUAGCAUCCUUAACUCCACGGAAAAUGAUGCUACAGGCAGAUCAAACCCGACAUCUUCGCAAUUCUCCCAUACGAUUAGGGUUGCACUGCAGUCACUUGUUCCCAGCAAGGGAAAUGUCAUAUCACUGGCCGAGACAUCAUCUGGAUGGCUCUCAUUAUUACAUGAUAUCUUUCCAAUCAUGACCGAUAUCAAGUCAGGGUACGACAUUCUCUCGCGCCAUGACGAAGUUUUGCGUCCUACAGCCAACCCAUUGACUGUCGCAUCGUGGCUCUUGAUAGUUGCCAUCACAGCACAGCAUAAUGCAGGACCCCGACAUCAGAUAACCUUGCGAAACAAGAAGCCUUUGAAUGGACCUCGAUACUCUCGUUUAGUGGCCGAAUCCGUGGAAAGAACAAUCAUUGUACGCGACCAAUUAAUGAUCUCUGUUGAAGGAAUCGCAACAAUGACCCUCCUGGUUCGAUUACAUCUGACACAUGGAAACUUUGUUCAAGCCUUUCUGCUCCUCCGUCGGGCUCUUGCCAUUGCGGAGUUGCUCGGCCUACCAUGGGCAACACCUCGCUGCCUCUUGUGGCAGCACAUUUGCACCGCGGAGCGUUUCCAAAACAUGCUUUUAGGGUUCCCCUCGGUAACUCAGCAUUAUGGUCUUGGACAAUUGGAGCCCGUCCUUGUCGACGGUAAAAUUGUGCCACCGAAUUUCCUCCUGCGACUAUCCAGUCUAGCUCUCGACAUCAAUGGACCGAGUGACUUGAGGAACCACUCGACUUCUUUAUCAGAGAUCCAAAGUGCAAUUACGAAGCGAGACAGGGACCUCAAGGACUUGAUUAACCAAAUGCCUGACAAUUGGUGGUCCGAUGAAGCAACCCUCUCCCUGUCGGAUCGAUUAAUCAAGCAUAUCUACCACUACAUGACCUUGCGACUUCAUCUUCCCUUGUUACUGCGCCAGGACGUUUCGGAGCGAGGGCUGCAAAGCCGAGCUGCGUGCAUAGACGCAUGCCGGGCCCUUCUCCAAGGGUACAUAGACGUGUACCCGCUAAUACUGGAAGGGUACUUUAUACAACGGAUCUUGGAUCUCCAGAUAUUCACCGGGGCGAUAGUGCUGCUACUGGCUGACCAUUCCUGUGGAGUUCAUAAUCACGACAAAGGAGCAACGACUGAUAUGCCAUCAGUCAGUAUGAAGCUGAUUGCCAACGUCGUUCAAGCUAUUGAGCAUCACUCGGAAAACCCCAGAUCUGACAUUGCCGAGCAGACCCUUGGGGCUAUACAAACACUUACGGAACUGCUGGGAACUGACGACAGUGAUGCUCUCCAAGGUGACACAGUCUUACACGUUCCUCUUCUUGGCAAACUUCACGUGCGGCGCAAGACCGAAUCUGAAGCUUCAAUCGAUUUUGAUCCCUCAAUACCCGAUUUUGAUAUGGCCGGCAUGGAUAUUGAUCAAGUUGCGACGAGUAACUUCAAUUGGUCGAUUGAGCAGGCAUAUGAUCUCCUGUUCUAUACAGCGACGCAAUCCUAG